AUGUAUCAUUUUUGUUAUUGUUCAUCACUGUAUAUUAAGUUUAGUAUCAACUCUUGGCGCGUUGUUUCUCUGGCACGUUAUUUUCCGCUCAUUUACGUUAAUUGGGAUCACUUCCGUAGUCAUCGCAAGAAUCUUCCUGUACCGACUUUAAGUCUGGUGAAUCAUGAUCAUCCCGGAAGACCAAAUAUGGAUGGUGGUUGUUGGUUUCCUAAUUGCUUUCGUUCUUGCCUUUGGAAUUGCGUUGGCGCUAAAGUACUCACAUUGAAACAAGCUUGUUUUCUCGCUACAGUCUGUGAACUAAGUGGUUCCGUUCUUUUGGGUGCCAAAGUUUCCAAUACAAUACGGAAAGGUAUUGUCAGCGUUGAGCUUUUUGGUGAGAUUGAGAACGGACAUGUGGUUUUAAUGGCUGGGCAAGUUGCUGCUUUAGGAGGUUCCUGCAUUUGGCUUCUAAUCGCCACAUUCUUUCGUCUUCCGGUUUCGGGCACUCACAGUAUUGUCGGUGCUACAAUGGGUUUCAGUCUUGUUAUCUUUGGACUGAAUGCUAUUCACUGGCAGGGGCUUCUAAAAAUCGUUGGAUCAUGGUUCCUUUCACCUGUCCUAAGUGGUUUAGCAUCUAUCGGUGUGUUUUUCCUCAUGCGUUUCCUGGUGCUCAGAAAAGAUGAUCCUCUCGAACCUUCACUUAAACUUCUCCCAGGAUUUUUUGGCACUGUAGUUCUAGUCAAUUGUUUUUCAAUAUUUUAUGAAGGACCUGCAUUAUUGAAAUUUGACAAAAUACCUCUCUAUGGUGUAUUUAUAAUUAGUUGUGGUUGCGGUAUCAUCACUGUACUGAUUGUCAAGUUCAUUUGGGUACCUUUUGUUCGACGACGGAUAUUAACUGGAGAAUCUAACAGUUGUAUUGUGAAAGGAUUUCUUUCACGUAAAUGCAAAAAGAAGUCCUCGUCAACUGUAAACAGUAAACACCCAUCUGUUUUAAGCUCUGACUCAUCUGAUGCUCCUAUGGCAAGUCAUGAAUCCAUUAUUAUGACUGCUUAUCUACCUAAGGAAGAUGGUGUCAUCAUACCGGGGGCCAAAAAUGAUACACGAAACAACAGUAACAAGGCAAUAGUUGGCAAAUCAAAUGGUGAGGAUAAAACAGAUGCCAGAAAAUCAACAGAUAAAGCUGUACUGCCCGAUGGUGAAGGUGCAACUCACAAUGAAGUACCAAGUCAUUUUGAAGUUAAACCAAGUGUACCCGAUGAAGUGAGCAAUGGAGAUAAGAAGGCUGCUCGUAAAGGCAAUCAACUUAACAUGGUUGUAGCUUAUUCAGCAAAUGAACAAUACUUAAACAAUGAUAGCAAUCAUACGCUAAAUAAUGGUAAAAUGAAUGUCACAUUUCCACCUAAUCUGGCUACAAUCGGUGAGGAACCAGAACCGAUUGAUUUAAUCAAGGAUCGACCAGCUGAAGCCCAGGUCUUUUCAUCUCUUCAAAUUCUAACUGCUGUUUUUGGUUCAUUUGCUCAUGGUGGUAAUGAUGUCAGUAAUGCUAUUGGCCCGUUAAUCGGCUUAUGGUUAAUUGCUACAACACAAUCUGUUGAUUCGUCUAAACCAACUGAUCUUUGGAUUCUUGUCUAUGGUGGUGUUGGUAUUUCCGUUGGUCUAUGGAUAUGGGGUAGACGUGUUAUUCAAACGCUGGGUGAAGAUUUGACCAAGAUGACACCAUCUAGUGGUGUUUGUAUUGAAAUCGGUUCAGCUUUGACUGUUUUAAUUGCAAGUAAAAUUGGUCUUCCAAUAUCUACUACACACUGUAAAGUCGGUUCAGUUGUCUUCGUGGGACGUGCACGAUCCAGAGAUAAUGUCAACUGGGGAAUAUUUCGUAAUAUCUUGAUUGCUUGGCUUGUAACACUGCCAGCAGCUGGUGCUAUAUCUGCUUUUCUCAUGUAUAUAUUCACAUUCAUUAUAUGAGUAACCAUUAUUGCUAUUAUUAUUGUUAUAUGAGUACAAUCAGCCCAAUCAAUGUAAUUCAAUGAAAGGAAGAAGAACAAUAACAUGUGUAAUAAGAUCAAUUUCUAUUUCCUACUCAUUUUGUGUAUUGAUAAAGUAUUACUAUUACUAUUAUUACUGUUACUGUUCUUUCUUCUUCAUAUCAAGUUAUUUUCUUUCCCCGUCUCCAAUCCACCCUUCUCGCACCCCAGGAUAUGCACAGUUUGCUGCAUGCAUAAAAAAUACACUAAAAAUGAAGUGUACAUUCUUCAGUAACUAAAUUUUUUUUUAUAGUCAGUUAGUUUUGAUUGCCUAAUUGACUGACUGUUUUCUACUGAACAGGUGUUUUUUUUCGGUUUUGACCAAUAUUGUUUUCACUCUCUCUCUCCUGUUAAAAUGUUUCUUUCGUUCAACUUUUCGUAAUUUAUCCAUUCACAGUUUUCGUAUAUCUUUAUUGUUCUCCACCUCACGUCACCUCAUCCCCGACGACUGCCUGUUCGACAACUUUCAUUUUUCUCCUAUUCCCUUAUCCAGUUCCACUGAGUUUGUACACACACACACACACAUGUACUAUCUAUCCAUCACAUUAUAAUAGAAGAAGAAAACAAAGUGAACGAGUGUUGUGAAAUCAUCCACACAAUGGGGUAUUUCUUUUUUUUUCAACUAUGCUCCAUUAAAGUAACUUGAUUGCUUGUUUUAUUUUUUUAGUGAAUUUGAAUUUUUGUUUUUGUCAACUGAUAGAUUGUUUCGUUGAAACCUUUACAUUGUUAAUAAUUUUGAUUUAUUAUGUAAUUGAUUGAUUGAUAAUAAUACUAUUAUUA